AUGGAGAAGGGAGGAAACUCUUACAAAGAAGUCACCUCUGUUUGCAGUACCAAUGGAAGGAGAACAAGGGUUUUGUCACCAGAUGGUGAUGUCCAGGCAUUUCUUCUGGCCUCUGCUUUUCAGACACUGGCUCAUAUGAAGUGGAUAGUACCAGUGAACGUGCCCAUCAACCAGACCAGGAUGAUGAUGUGGGACCGUAAUGUGGACCAUAGUGCUCUGGAAGCUGGGGAGAAGGUGCUGGCAUUGGAGCCAAUUCAUGUGAAAAUCUGGAUGGCAAGUUGUUGUGACCUGAACAUGGUGUGGGGAAAGUUCUCAGGCAUAAGGUAUAAAACCCACAUGCGAGCAGGAAAAGAAUGAAUGUAAAGUACACAGUAACCGGUUAAAGGGUUUAAAGUUAUAUCAGAAAUCCAGAGAGACGAAUAUUUUAAUGGAAUGUAAAGGGGUGCAAAACAGUAAUCUUAUGUAAUAGCAAAGGUGUAUUUAACCCUUUGACUGUUGCAAGCCCAUUUCUGAAACUGCCAUUCUAUUUCAAAAAAAUAAAAAAUUUAUUUUUUCUUACCAAAAUGUUAUGAUUAUUUUGCUGAGUGUUUUAAGCCUAAAAAUUUUUUUUUUGCGAUCAGUACUUACCGAGAUAUAGAGGCAUAAAGUUGGCAGAAAAUGAGCAGCAUAUGGCAACAGCGGUAAAUGCCGCUCACUCAGUAUACAAUAUUGUAUACUGUCACUGACAGUAGUGUCACCCCCUAUUUUCUUUAAUUCUUUGAUUAUAUAAUGUACAAGUAUAAAGAAAGAUUUAAAGAAAAAAAAAGAUUCAUUAUAUUGAAUGUUAUCAAUAAUAUCCUCUUCAAGGGGGGGCUCCUUGCUGUGGUGAAGAGGCUCUUGGUCUGAGGAAUCAGACCUGUCGGUCUCCUUCCUCAGACCGAACCUAAUUACCCCCCAAUCCCCCCCUCUCAAUCCCAUCCUCCCCUUUUUCCUUUCCUCCUCCUCCUCCU